GUGUAGGGGCGUGAUUUAAUUUCAGACACCAUUAUUAAGCCCCGAGUGAACUGCUCUGCUGCUGCUCUUUCGGCUCCAGGUUGGCCAGAGCGGCAAAGUUCCAGCACAUCAAAAGAUCCUCCCGGUCGAAGGUCGACAGCAACCAACGGUGCAGACGGAUUUUAAUCGAACGAGGCGGCCUCUGCAACCUGUGAUCAACGAUUUGCAAUCCAGCUCGUGCGUGUCGAGUGCAAAAUAAUAGGACCUAUAGUCAUACUGCAAAACUGCACGACAAUGAAUACGCUGUACCUCGUAUACGUGCCACAUACGGUCGAGUACACACCUGCUGUCCAGUUUUCUACGCUCGAGUAUGCCACCGUGGAAAUCGGCAACGACAACAUCGUUCGAGGUCCUUUGAACAACGGCAAGCCUGUUGCGUCCAGUGACGAACUCGACGACGAUGGGAAUGCGGUCCAGCAGCUGAAAUUGCCAGGAGCCAGGAGAACCAUGCGUGCCGAUAGUUUCAGUUCAGAGGAAAACGAAGCUAUCGAACGUGGGGAAAGUUAUCCAGAAUCGAUGAUGCCCCCAAACUGGCUCGUCAAAGAUAGCUUCAUCAAUAACGUCGAGAAUGCGACAAAAUUUCAAACUUUCAACCAGCAUCUGUACCCAUCGUUGGAAUCCUUCUGCUCGAAGGGCGCACCGAGACUUCUUCAGGACACAAUAAUAGAAGACUCAACCUCUAGCAUCGACGAAGGAAUCGGACUGAGCGCAACGGAUGAUUCCGGCGAUGAUCAAAGCCAACCUGAUAACAAUAAUAACAACAGCAACAACAACCACCAUCACGCCGAUGACGACAAAUCCGGCUUCCACGGUCACCUUUCCGCCGAAGACGAGGCAGACUGCGACGGGAGGGACAUUAAUUCAGCGCUUAUCAAGAACAAGAAAAAGCGGAAGGCCAUCAGCCAUAAAUCAUACAAAUGCGAAAUCUGCGAGGAACUGUUUUCGAAGAAAAAACUGCUUCGGGAACAUCUCGACACGCAACAUCCGGGCCAGAACUCGAACCGAUGUCACAUCUGCGGCAAGACGUUCAAGCUACGAUCCAAUCUCAGGCAGCACUCCAGAAUUCAUACGGGCGAGCGGCCCUUCCGAUGCGAGAUCUGUGGGAAAACUUUCGUACAGGGCAGCGCAUUGACUGUGCAUAAGGAGCUUCACAAAGACAAAAAAGAGUACAAGUGUGAUGUGUGCAAAAAGGACUUUAAGUCAAAGUUUGCAUUUAAGAAGCACGAAAAAGUGCACAAAGGACUGCGGCCAUUUAUCUGUGAUGUUUGUGGAAAAUCGUUCACACAAUCGUGCAAUUUGAAAGCGCAUCUUCAGCUGCAUAGCGGAAACCAUGCCUUUAAGUGUACCACGUGUUUCAAAACAUUCCGUUUCAAGUCCCACUACAAAGACCAUCUGAUGACGCACACCAAGGAUAAAAAAUACUCCUGCACGAAGUGCGGGCGUAAUUUCGCUUACAAAAACUCCUACCAACGCCAUAUGCAGCACAUCCACAGGGACGAAGCACACCAUCAAUGUAAUAUUUGUAGUAAAACUUUUGUGAAACUUAGUCACCUUACCUUCCACAAAAAGUCCCACCGCAAGGGCAGCUCGUUAGUAUGUGAAAUGUGUGGUUCGCUUUUCGAGAAGGAAAGUACCUUAACUAAUCACUACCAAACUGCGCAUAUGAUAUCCACCGAAUGGAGACUCUUUAAAUGUGUCAUAUGUAGCAAGUCAUUCAAGGAGGAAUGCGAACUGACAACACACUUUAAACUGCACGAAGCGGACGACUGUCCUUUCCAGUGCGGAAUGUGUGGGAUCCUAAACCUGAGUCAAGCGUAAGGAUAAUUAGCACAAAGGGUUCGAGACUGUAACACACGCGUCGCGUUCAGCUGCCCUCGGUACUUUAUGCAUUCCUAGAUAAGCAAAAGUAAAAGUGUUGUGAUAUGUACAAAUAUAUAGGAGUUGUCUUGUGUUGUACAACAUUUAGAU